AUGUCUAUUCAUGGCAAGCCACCUCCAGAUACUGAAUGCAUGUGCUCGUUCGAAGAGAUCAACGAAUCGAACUUCGUGGAAUAUCAAACUGCUCCCAGUGAAACCUGGCAUCCUGCAAAGUUCUCGGAGCCGAUAGUCCGGGAGAUGUUGGAGACGUCUUUUCAACGAUACUUGGAUGACGUUGAGAAGGCUGCUAGGGAUUGUGCGGCAGCUGUGCGCCGGCUUGUCUCAAAGGAAAGCUUUGCAUGCAACGCUGACAGGCUUUGA